CCUAAAUUUCCAACUGACGGGAUCCCACAAAAGAAGAAAAGUUUAAAUUGCUUCUGCUCUCCUCAUUCCAAGCCUGGAGGAUACAUUCAUUGUCCCUCAAAGCGAACGCAGAAAUGGCUUCCUUUGUUAGGAUUUCAGUACUGUCAUGGGCCGAUAUACUAGCUACAUUUGCAAUGUAUUUGAUGAUGACCUACUUAACAAAUGUUUGGAAUCUAAGUACAACACAUGCUGCUGGCAUCAUUAAUAUUUGGAAUGGGAUCACACCCGUGUUAGCCAUUAUUUUUGCAUUCUUUGUUGAUGAGUUCAUUGGUGACUUCAAUAUGCUUGUGCUCUCUAGCAUUUCCUAUAGUAUUGGAUUAGGAUUAUUGACAAUGUCAACACCCCCUGUUUUUGGCCCAUGUAGCGACUACAAGGAGAAAUGUAUCGGGUAUACACAAAAGGUUUUGUUUUAUACUGCAUUACCAUUGAUAGCAGUCGGGAUGGCCGGUCACUUGGCCUCCUUCUCACCCUUUUUGGAUCUACAAACAAAACGUGAACAUGAAGAGGGAGCUGACGAGAGUUCUAAAAAGUUUUGGCAAAUUAUGGGUUUGAUGAUGGUGGUGGUUGUACCAUAUGUUGCAGGUUUUGCUGUUCAAAUUAUAAAACCAUGGUCAAUUCGGUUUGGUAUUCCGGCCAUUUGUACUUUGGUGGCAACAGUUAUAUUCUUGUCAGGAUUUCGUGAGUACCGACAUAUAAACCCAGGGGGAAGCCCAUUAAAAACCACCUUGAGAGUUUUUGUAGCUACUGCUCGUAAUAUUUCCCGACCAAAUCCUAAUCCUGAACAACUCAACAAUGAAGAAGAUGCUCGUUUGACCAACAGCCUAAGCUGCUUAAACAAGGCUGCUAUUAAGUUACCUGAAGAACAACAAUCAAAAAAGUGGAAGGUAUGCAGCGUGCAUGAAGUUGAAGACACCAAGAUUUGUAUCCGUAUGGUCCGAAUGUGGCUAGCAUUCAUUGUGAUUGGUAUGGUGCUUUCUAUCGGAAACACUUACUUUCUGGAGCAAGCUAACCACAUGGACCAUAAACUAGGAAAAAUAAAGGUCCCUACUAUAAUAUUUCUUUUGUUCCAUAGUUUCACUAGGUCAAUAUGCGCAUCCUUAUAUUCCUACUUCACAAAGCGUUUGGCAAACAAGAAAUACGUUCCACCAGUCGGGAUUGCCACAAGUAUGGUUUUCUCUGUAUUAUGUUGCAUUACUGCUGCAAAAGUGGAAACCCGAAGACUAGAUCGGAUUAGGGAUAAUGGCUUACUAGACAAACCUGAUGCGACGAUCCCAAUGAGUAUAUUUGCGCUCCUUCCACAGUUUAUGCUUCUUGCAGCCGUUGACGGGAUUGGUAAUCGUAGCAUCAAUAGUUUCUUCAUGCACCAAACCCCUCAAUCCAUGCAUAAGUAUUUGGGUUAUUUUACGAAGGGUGUGCUAGGAUUAGGAAGCAUGGCUAGUGUUUUAUCAGUCUAUAUUGUAGGGAAAGUUAGCGAGAGAAACCAAAAGCCAAAUUGGUUUCAGUUUUCAUUAAAUAGGAGCCAUUUAGAUCGAUAUUAUUGGGUCCUAGCUGCGCUAAGUGCGGCUAAUAUACUCGUUUAUAUCAUCAUUGCACUUUUCUAUAAGUACAAGGAACCACCAACACAUGCAGAUGCAUAUGAUGAUGAUGAAGAUGAAGAUGAAGAUGAAUAUGAAGAAGACGAAGUAGAAGAAGAUGAUGAAGAAGAUGAAGCUGAAGAUGAAGAUGAUUCUAAGAACCAUUCGAAAUGUUGUUGUUAAGAGCAUAGGAUGAUCACCCCCGAAUGUUGUUAUAUGGGGCUCUCAUGCCAACCCCGAAUUCGAGUUGGAUGAUCCCCCGGCCCCUCCCCCCAUCCCUACCAUACCACACCUCUCGGUUCGUGGUUCGAUGAGAGACAUUUGAACGCCGAGUUCGACAUUGAUUAAUUUAUUUUUUUAUUAAUUAGAGACGUGUUAUGUGAAGCUCCAAGUAACAAAAUGGAAGGAUAUGGUGUUUUAAUAACGGAUGUACUUGUAGUUGUCGUCUGUGAUUUAUUAAUUUUUUCGGAUACUCACCGUUGUUAUUAAGAAACGAAACUAUGAUACAAGCAUCAAGAAAGGUUUUUCUA